UUCAAAUGUUGUUCCACUAUUGUUCUGUUUGUUUACAUAUCUGAUAUCUGAGUAUGUUAAUGAAAGUGCAAUCUUGAUGUGCUUUGUAAGGUAAGACCAGUAUAUCAUAUAGCCAAGGAUAGAGAGAGCAGAACAGAUUAUAGUGGGGGAGGGGGAUGAGAACCGUAUCUGCUGAGUGUGGUGUGAUACGGUGGCCAGCAAGGCUGGGUUAAUUUUGCGUUUGGUGUUAUCCCUCUUUCCGCCACUCAGCACUCCUUAUCAGCUUUAAUCUUUCAAAGAUAGCAGGUUGUCAUAGGUUUGCUAAAUGAAAGGCACAUAUGCGUACACUCCAUCUGUCUCCAGUUCUAGCUGAGCACUACGCUGAUUGAGAGGAUGCAGGUGCAGGAGCUGGUGAUUAGCCUGUGGCUAGCUAAAUUGGAAAAGCUGUUUCAUCUGAUCUGUUCAACGCCCACCGCUGCACUGUUUGGGCUUGGUGCUCUGACUGCCAUGUUGGCCUACUGGCUGGCAACACGCCCGCGUGCCCUCAUGCCCCCAUGUGACCUUCGCCACCAGUCUGAAGAAGUUGAGGGAGGUGGCCAUAAAUCAAUGUUGGUUGACAAUCCCAACCUGUUCACACGCUACUAUGAAGACACCAAAACCUUAUAUGAGGCGUUCCAGAGGGGACUGCGUAUAACUGGUAAUGGACCGUGCUUAGGUUCUCGUCUCCCCAAUCAACCAUACAAAUGGCUUUCUUAUCGAGAGGUUACGACUCGGGCAGAGCACCUGGGCUCAGGCUUACUGUCUCAGGGAUGCCAGACCAAUUCCAAGCAGUUUAUUGGAGUGUUUGCCCAGAACAGGCCAGAGUGGAUAAUCUCAGAGCUGGCUUGUUACACAUACUCCAUGGUGGUGGUACCACUUUAUGACACACUGGGUACUGAUGCAGUUCAAUACAUAAUCAACACUGCAGAAAUAUCUACAGUGAUCUGUGAUAAACCUGAAAAGGCCAAGCUGCUUCUAGAUAAUGUAGAGAGACGGAAGACGCUGACCCUGAAGACGGUUAUCCUCAUGGACCCAUUCGAUGUAGAACUUGUGGAGCAGGGCAAAAAGUGUGGUGUUCACAUCCAGGCCCUGAACGAUGUUGAGGCCUUAGGUCAAGAGCAUUACAGAAAACCAAUGCCACCUCGUUCAGAAGACCUUUCAAUAAUCUGCUUCACCAGUGGCACAACAGGAAAUCCAAAGGGUGUGAUGCUUACACAUGGCAACAUUGUUGCUGAUGUCUCUGGCUUUCUGAAAGCAACAGAUAAAGUCAUAUUUCCGAAUCAAGAAGACGUUCUCAUUUCUUUCUUGCCCCUUGCACAUAUGUUUGAGCGUCUCAUUGAGGCAGUGGUGUAUUGUCAUGGGGGCAGGAUCGGCUUUUUUCAGGGCGAUAUCCGUCUCCUUUCUGACGACAUGAAGGCCCUGCGCCCCACUGUCUUCCCUGUGGUGCCUCGGCUCCUCAACCGCAUGUAUGAUAAGAUCUUUACUCAGGCCAAUACUCCUGUGAAGCGUUGGCUCCUUAAUUUUGCUGCAAAGAAAAAAGGAGAAGAGGUCAGCAGUGGGAUCAUCCGCAGUGACAGCAUUUGGGACAAGAUCUUCUUCAGAAAGAUUCAGGCCAAUUUAGGUGGGAGGCUUCGUAUGGUUAUAACAGGUGCUGCUCCCACCUCUCCUGCUGUCCUCAGCUUCUUGAGAGCAGCUCUGGGUUGUCAGGUCUAUGAAGCAUAUGGACAGACAGAGUGCACAGCCGGCUGUACAUUCACCACCCCUGGAGACUGGACUUCAGGUCAUGUCGGUGCACCACUACCAUGCAACCUCAUUAAACUCGUGGAUGUGCCAGAGAAGAACUACUUUACCUCAAAAGGAAAGGGGGAGGUGUGUGUCAAAGGCCCAAAUGUCUUUAAGGGCUAUCUGAAGGAUCCAGUUAUGACAGCAGAGACACUGGAUUCGGAUGGGUGGCUUCACACAGGAGAUAUUGGAGAGUGGUUACCGAAUGGCACAUUAAAGAUCAUAGACAGGAAGAAGCACAUAUUUAAGCUUGCACAGGGUGAAUACAUUUCCCCUGAGAAGAUCGAGAACAUCUAUAUUCGCAGUGAGCCUGUGUCUCAGCUCUUUGUUCAUGGAGACAGUCUGCAGGCUUGUCUAGUUGGGAUUGUUGUUCCAGAUCCUGAAGUGAUGCCCUCUUGGGCCCAGAAAAGGGGCAUUGAUGGAUGCUAUGAUGAUCUGUGUAAGAAUAUGGAAUUAAAGAAAGCCAUCUUGGAUGACCUGGUGUGUUUGGGCAAAGCUGGUGGCCUCCAUUCAUUUGAACAAGUAAAAGACAUCUACAUUCAUAAUGAGAUGUUCUCCAUAGAAAAUGGAUUGCUGACCCCUACAUUAAAAGCCAAGAGGCCAGAGCUUAAAGAACAUUUCAAGCAGCAGAUAGAACAUCUGUAUGACAACAUCACAAUGUAAAAUUCCCAGUUUUUAAAUGGGGACUGAAUACUUGGACUGAAUUAUUAUUAUUUUUUUAAAGUGAUCAAUUGUCAAUAAUUUAUCAUUAAAUUCCAAUCAAACUACAAAAAGCAUGCCAACGAGCCAUGCAUGAUGAGAAGAUGGAGAGCAGUGUCAGUCUAGAAGUGUAGAUAGACUCAAAGGAGAGUAGUCAUAUUUCGGCCGGGAUUGUCAACAGUUGGUGUGCCUUUGGAAAAAGUGGCAUAGUUACAACCAAGUUUGUCUCUUUCAAAAAGCCAAACUAGCAUGCAUGCAUCCUUCCUUUUUCAUAAGUGACUAACUAAGCAACACGGCUCCCCUUGGUCUAUUAAUUUUAUUUGAUUAUGGGUCCAACUCUGAACAUAAAAGUUAUUUGAACAAAAAAAACAUGCAUGAUGUGUUCGAGAAGUCCUUUCUUGAUUAAUUGAGGUUUUACACAUCAAAAGACGUACAAACUUACACUUGGCCUAAAUAUGGGGAAUAAAAUGCAGCAAUAUAAGGUAUUCAAUUUCUAAAUCCGCUUGCUUGUUGCAAAGUGAGCAUACCAUGGACCUAGCUAUAUGGACUUGGUAGUAUUUUCAGUUGCACUUUCUUCCAUCCCACAAUUUAAAAAAAGUUAAUGUAAGUAAUGUUACUGUAUAUCUCAGCUUCAAACAUAUUUAUUGUAAUGAUUUCAAUUUUUGUGUAUAGUGAAAGAGAUUAAAUACUUGUUUCAGUACCAUGGUAUGGAUUGGGAUGUGUAUCAGAAUUACAAUAUGGAUGGUAACAAAAUAAAAGAAUAUUAAAUUAAUCCAUUUACUCUCUUUAUUAUUCCUUAUAAGCAAUGCAAAUGAAAGUAGAAAAAAUGCAGCGAACAGCUGAUUUGACAGUGUGCAUUUGAUUUGUGUGUAUUAUACUACAAACACUUUGCCAAGUAGAAACUACUUAAUGCUUCUCUGAAUACCUGUCUUCAGUCCUUCAGAGGAUUAGUCAGUGAAGCAAUGGCAAGAAAUAGCUCAGCUUUUUACUUGUCAAUGAUUGUGUCCUCCAAACACCAAAAAUAAAAUGUCACCAACCCUUAAUUAAUAUUGUUUUAAUAGAUAUGCAGUUUUGAUGUAUUAAAAAUCCAAAUCUAUAGUUAGCAUUGAGUAUUGAAAUGAGUACAGCAGCACUGUAAGUGUGGCCCAGUUUUAUAACAGAUUCUGAUAGCGCGCCCAGUAAAUCUGAUAAAUUGUUAUUAGAUGUCUACUGUUGUCAUCUGUAGCCUAAAUAACAGUUUGUGUCCAGGGAGAUCACAAGAUCCUGAUAUGGUGGUGAAUCACCUGGGAUGAACAGCAGUUCAGUUUUGCUGGGAUUAAGUUUCAGCUGAUGAGCUGCCAUCCAUGAUGAGAUGUAUGCCAGACAUGCUGAGAUCUGAGCAGAAACGAGAGGAUCUGAGGGAGGUAAGGAGAGGAUGAGUUGAGUGUCAUUCAUAUAGCAGUGGAAUGAAAACCCAUGAGAGGAUAAGAGAAUAGAGGGAGUAUAGAGGGAGCACAGAAGAGGACCAAGUACUCAGCCUUGUGGGACACCAGUAGCAAUAUUUAAAGACAAAAUGUUUAGAAGAAUGGGUCACACCAAAUACUGCGGAACAUUAAUUUCUUCAUACAGGAAGUGUCUUUCAGCUGUCAUUACAAACAAAGGCUUCACCACUAAGUAUUAAAUACUUUUCAGUUAGUGUGUUCAAUACUUUUUUCCCGUGUCAUUUCACUUUAUUACACAUAACUUCAUUUAUGGACUUUAAUGUUGUGAUUUCUUCAUAUUUCCGGAUUUCUUGAGUUAAUACUGAUGUUUGGUGAAAAUUUCAUGUGAAUAGCCUCAUUCGAAAUAUAUUUACUGAUUUUUUUUUUGAUGCGUCCAAUACUUAUUUCACCCACUGUAUAUGUUAAUAUUUGGGACCAAAGUUUGAUCCACAUGUCAUGAAAAAGUGUGGAAUCAUACGUCUGCAGAGACAAUGGACUGAUUAACAUCAUAGGCAGACAAUAUGGCUUACAUCCUGCUCUAAGACAAUGUUUGAUUGGAGGAAACAUUUUGGAGUUGGACUAGCCAGAAAGUGUUAAAAUCCUAUGACACCAGUGAGUCUUCUGAGUCAUGAGAGUUCUCCCAAUGAACAUCUUUGGGGAGAUCACAUCUGCUUGGAGCAUAAGCCUAGAACCGCCGCCAAGCUAAUCAAGCAACCAGCCUACGAGACUCCAUUCCAUUCAUCAUUUCCCAUGAUGAUACUCCAAAACCCAACCAGACCGCUGAUGAAUCCCCUUCACUGAGAAUCCCUUCCACACAAUGAUGUAACGACGGAAUCCCCACUUGGAACGACAAUUCAAACGCAAGUAUGGUACAUCAAGAUUCUUGCUGAACUGGUGCAUAUAAUAUCAAGUUUAAAGCCCUUCUAAACAAAGUGAAGGUUAAAUUAAUAAGUUGAUGGUUUGUUCACAUCAUACACAUCUGAGAACCAACAUAC